GGUGCUGGGAGCCGGGAAGACCCCCCGAAUCGUUCCCAUUCAGCUGCGCUUCGUCUUUGCUUUCUUCACUUUUGUCUCUUCUGCGUUGGCAACGAGCACCUGGUCUCAAGGCUGAGAGAAAGCCCGGGUCUAGGCGCGUGUCGCGCUCUGGUCCAGGAAGAUUCGCUGAGGGGGAGGGCCCGGGCAAACCGUUGCUGCCUCAGCCGGGGCCGGGGUCCGGGGAGGGGGAGCUCCUGGCACCCCGUGGACUCGCGGCCUGCGGCGGUCCCCGCGGAGCUGUUCGCCGAUCCGGGCUCGCGGGAACCUGCCACCGGCGCCUCCCACCGCGGCCCACGCGGGCGGCGCGCGGAGGAGGGGGCGGGGGCAGCGGCGGCUGUAGCGGCCGCGACCUGGGCGGGCUGAGGAGUGUGACGGGCUGAGGUGUGUGACGGGCCCCGGGGCCGCUGUGGAUGGUUUCUAAAAUGAUCAUUGAAAACUUCGAAGCACUCAAGUCCUGGCUCAGCAAGACUCUCGAGCCCAUCUGUGAUGCAGAUCCAUCAGCCCUGGCAAAAUAUGUUCUGGCUUUGGUAAAGAAAGACAAAAGUGAAAAAGAGUUAAAGGCAUUAUGUAUUGAUCAACUGGAUGUAUUUCUUCAAAAAGAGACACAGAUAUUUGUGGAAAAACUUUUUGAUGCUGUGAAUACAAAGAGUUAUCUACCUCCUCCAGAACAGCCAUCAUCAGGAAGCUUAAAGGUAGAAUUUUUUCAGCACCAAGAAAAAGAUAUAAAAAAAGAAGAGAUCACAAAGGAGGAGGAGCGAGAGAAGAAGUUUUCUAGAAGGCUAAAUCACAGUCCUCCACAGUCAAGCUCCCGCUACAGAGAAAAUAGAAGUCGUGAUGAGAGGAAAAAAGAUGAUCGUUCUCGCAAAAGAGAUUAUGAUCGAAACCCUCCUCGAAGAGAUUCAUACAGAGACCGGUACAAUAGAAGACGAGGGCGAAGUCGCAGUUACAGCAGAAGUCGCAGUCGAAGUUGGAGUAAAGAGAGGCUUCGUGACAGGGAUAGGGAUAGAAGCAGGACUAGGAGCAGAAGCAGGACACGAAGCAGGGAAAGAGAUCUGGUAAAACCUAAAUAUGACCUGGAUAGAGCAGAUCCAUUAGAAAACAAUUAUACUCCAGUCUCUUCAGUACCUAGUAUUUCAUCUGGCCACUACCCUGUACCUACUUUGAGCAGCACUAUUACAGUAAUUGCUCCUACUCAUCAUGGUAAUAACACUACGGAAAGUUGGUCUGAAUUUCAUGAAGAUCAAGUGGACCAUAACUCAUAUGUAAGACCACCAAUGCCAAAGAAACGGUGUAGAGACUAUGAUGAAAAGGGUUUCUGUAUGAGAGGAGACAUGUGCCCUUUUGAUCAUGGAAGUGACCCGGUAGUUGUAGAAGAUGUCAAUCUUCCUGGUAUGCUGCCUUUCCCAGCACAGCCUCCUGUUGUUGAAGGACCACCUCCUCCUGGACUCCCUCCACCGCCACCAAUUCUUACACCCCCACCUGUGAAUCUGAGACCCCCAGUGCCACCGCCAGGCCCAUUACCACCCAGUCUACCACCUGUCACAGAUGAUAUUUCUUAUUCUUUGGUUUUGACAGGACCACCGCCUCCACUUCCUCCUUUGCAACCAUCUGGCAUGGAUGCUCCCCCAAACUCUGCAACCAGUUCUGUUCCUACUGUAGUAACAACUGGCAUUCAUCACCAGCCUCCUCCUGCUCCACCCUCUCUUUUUACUGCAGUUUUUGUAUUACCAGAUACAUAUGACACAGAUGGCUACAAUCCUGAAGCCCCAAGCAUAACAAACACUUCCAGACCAAUGUAUAGACACAGAGUGCAUGCACAAAGGCCUAACUUGAUAGGACUAACAUCAGGGGAUAUGGAUUUGCCACCCAGAGAAAAGCCUCCUAAUAAAAGCAGUAUGAGGAUAGUAGUGGAUUCAGAGUCAAGGAAAAGAACGAUCGGUUCUGGGGAGCCCGGAGUUCCUACAAAGAAGACUUGGUUUGAUAAACCAAAUUUUAAUAGAACAAACAGCCCAGGCUUCCAGAAAAAGGUUCAGUUUGGAAAUGAAAAUACCAAACUUGAACUUAGGAAAGUUCCUCCAGAAUUAAAUAAUAUCAGCAAACUUAAUGAGCAUUUUAGUCGAUUUGGAACCUUGGUUAACUUACAGGUUGCGUAUAAUGGUGAUCCUGAAGGUGCCCUUAUCCAAUUUGCAACAUAUGAAGAAGCAAAGAAAGCAAUAUCAAGUACAGAAGCAGUGCUAAAUAAUCGCUUCAUUAAGGUUUAUUGGCACAGAGAAGGAAGCACCCAGCAGUUACAAACUACUUCUCCAAAAGUAAUGCAGCCUUUAGUCCAGCAGCCCAUUUUGCCUGUUGUGAAGCAGUCAGUCAAAGAGCGAUUGGGUCCGGUACCUUCAAGUACUGUUGAACCAGCAGAAGCCCAGAGUGCCAGUUCAGACCUUCCUCAGAAUGUAACUAAGUUAUCUGUGAAGGACAGGUUGGGUUUUGUAUCAAAGCCAUCUGUUUCAGCAACUGAAAAGGUGUUGUCUACAUCUACUGGCCUAACAAAAACGGUGUAUAAUCCAGCUGCUUUGAAGGCUGCGCAAAAAACCUUACUUGUUUCCACCUCUGCAGUUGAUAAUAAUGAAGCACAGAAAAAAAAACAGGAGGCACUGAAACUUCAGCAGGAUGUAAGGAAAAGGAAACAAGAAAUUUUAGAAAAGCACAUUGAAACACAGAAGAUGUUAAUUUCAAAACUGGAGAAAAACAAAACAAUGAAGUCUGAAGAUAAAGCAGAAAUAAUGAAAACUUUAGAGGUUUUGACAAAAAAUAUUACCAAGUUGAAAGAUGAGGUCAAAGCUGCUUCUCCUGGACGCUGUCUUCCAAAAAGUAUAAAAACCAAGACUCAGAUGCAGAAAGAAUUGCUUGACACAGAACUGGACUUAUAUAAGAAGAUGCAAGCUGGAGAAGAAGUCACUGAACUUAGGAGAAAGUAUACAGAAUUACAGCUGGAGGCUGCAAAACGAGGGAUUCUUUCAUCUGGUCGUGGUAGAGGAAUUCAUUCAAGAGGUCGAGGUGCAGCUCACGGCCGAGGCAGGGGUCGAGGUCGAGGUCGAGGUGUGCCUGGUCACGCGGUGGUGGAUCACCGUCCCAGGGCAUUGGAGAUUUCUGCGUUCACAGAGAGUGAUAGAGAAGAUCUUCUUCCUCAUUUUGCGCAAUAUGGUGAAAUUGAAGAUUGUCAGAUUGAUGACUCUUCACUACAUGCAGUAAUUACAUUCAAGACGCGAGCAGAAGCUGAAGCAGCUGCAGUUCAUGGAGCUCGUUUCAAAGGGCAGGAUCUAAAACUGGCAUGGAAUAAACCAAUAACUAAUAUUUCAGCUGUUGAAACAGAAGAAGUUGAACCUGAUGAAGAGGAAUUUCAGGAAGAGUCUUUGGUGGAUGACUCAUUACUUCAAGAUGAUGAUGAAGAAGAAGAGGACAAUGAAUCUCGUUCUUGGAGAAGAUGAUUUGACUGAUCAUUGAUCUGCAUAUGAUAGAACUCUACCUGUGUUUCAUUAGUAUUAUCUAAUGUACUUUUACAUAUUUGUAAAAACAAUUUUUGGUAAAAUGUGAUGAAGAUGGAUUUCAGAAAUAGACAAAAGAGAAGAAAACUACCUUCUGAAUCCUGUAUUUUGAAAGAUUGAUGUUUGCGUUUUAUUUCAGUAAACAAUUGGUAAAGACAUCACACUAGAAGCAUAUGCAAUGUUUUUAUUACAUACUUCUACUGAACAUUACAGAAUUCUUUGGGUUCUUUGUAAUUUAAUGAAUAGGUCUGAAGACUUAAUGACCAAUACUUGUUAUAACUUAGAGGAUUUUGUUUUACUCCAAGUAAGGAAUGAAUUUGCAUUUAAAAUCUUAAUGAAUGUUUUCAAAAAUGAAUAGAUAACAUAGUACUCUAACUAAAGUCUCCAAGUUAUGUAUUCAUAAUAUUACAUAGUAGUGUGCUUAGGCUUUACUAUGUAUUAGCCUUUUGUUGGACUUGUGUAUGUAUUUUACCAUAUGGGUUUUAAUGAUAACGGUGUAUGACUGCUUUGCAUUUGAGUCCUUAUGCAUUCAGAUGUUAAAAAUAAAGUGGAAUGGUCUCUUGAAAAGAAAAGAAAAGAAAAAAGCAAUGACAAAAAAAAAAAAAGACAAUGUUCUUUGAUUUAAAAAAAAGAAAGAAAAAAAAAAAAAGAAAAGAAAAAAGUUAAAAUAAAUAGACCAUUCCAGAUGGUGAGCUACCCUUCCCCCCAAUUAUCACAAAAGGAGCUAUAAUCACUAACUUAUUCUUAAUAAUGGUUGCCGGUACCUUUACAAUAAUGUACAAUCCAUUGUUUAAAAUUUAUACCACUUCAGUUUGGUUUGAUCCUAUAAACUUUCAACAGAUGUCUUAAAAUUUAAAAGCAGGCUGAUUAGUUUGGAACCAGACUUCAAGUAGAGCUAACAUUUGGUGAAUAAGAAAACAUCACAUUACAUUUUGGAUGUAUGAAAGAAAACUUGACCAUUUGAAGAUGUAUGAAUAAAGAAAUGUACUAUAGAUACUACUUUAGGAAAACACUGUUUGUAGUCGUGAAAGAUGCCAAAUUGGCAGAGGCUCACGUUUCUUCUCUUUACACCAAACAGCAGAGAGAGAUCAUCAUUGCCUGAAUUUAGUUUUGUGACUACAACAGCAAGACCUGUUCCUGUCUGGAGACGACUGUUAUAAUAAUAUGAUUCUGUCGUUUUUUGUUUGCCCUUUAUCAAUUUGAGUAGAUGUUUACAUGUACUAUAAUUAGCAUUUUAUCUUUACAGUUCUCUUAGGGUACAUCUGAGUCCAGAAGUAAAUCUGAGUGUGUGCUUUGUCUGACUUUAUUCUUAAAUGUUUUCUCCCCUUUAUAACCAUUUAUUUUUAAACACUCUAAGAAGGAAAAGAAAAAUCCUCUUGGUUUUCCUAACAUGGGAUAAGUUGUCAGUCUUGGCCAAGUUGAAAUCGUGUCUAGGAAAUCUGUAAAGCCAUGAUACCGUGUUCAUUAGCCUGAACAAUUUAGAAUGAUGAAAACGAUUAAAAAGUUAAACCUUGGUUUGGCUUUAAUUUUUCUGGGUUUUAGACUAUGUUUCUAGAGUUAGGAUAGUCACUUAAAAUAAUUUUGAACAAAUGGUAAAAUACUUUUUUCACAUGGUAAUAACUUGCCUAUUUCUUCUAAAUAUACUUAUUGAAGUUAUUGCCAAGGCCACUUACCCAAAUUUUUUUUUAAGUUCUUAACUCUUCAAAAUCCACAAGGAGAAUAAUUUUCUUUGUUUUCAAGUAGUGUAGGAUGAUCUGUGGAUUAUAAAUAUUGAGAAAUAUGUAUUAAAUGUUUAAUGUACAGUUUUUCCUUAUUUUCCUCACUUUCAACCAAGACAUCAAAGACAAUCUUAAAAGCAAGGGGAAAUAGUCUUGUGUGUCUAACAUUGUUAAAGACUGUAGUUUUCCUGCCUUAAAAGGUGUAUGUUCGUAUUAUUUAUUAAUAAGCAGUAUGGCUUGGAAUUAUUUAUGGAGUGUGAUUAAAUUUUAUUCUAAAUAUUCAUCCAAAGUACCCUCUUUAUAAUGGGCACCAUAAAGUUUUCAGAAAAUUAAUAUCUUAGUAUUCCUUCAUAGAUUCUCAUUAGCAUUUGAGAAAUCGAAAGUUACACUUCAUAGCAACUCUUUAUUAUAAAAGUCCAAAUUGUACUUGAUUCUCUUCACCCUUGUUUUUUUCUAAGUUCCAUUCAGUCAUGCUCAUAUUUUCAUCUUUUUGUGCAACGUUAUUGAUAACUAUUCAGCAAGCACUUUUUCUUGAGUAUGCAUUGCAUUUGUCUUCAUGAAAAAAAAAAAUGAACACGUCAGACAUAAUGUAAGUUGUCUGUUUUUGUCUCCACAUUAGCUGGAGAUAGCAUGGUUAAUGUAGGCUUGGUUUAAGGGAAGAUCUUCUUAGCAUAAUUAUGACCUUGUAGCCUACAAGGCAUUUUAAAAAUUAGACUUUUGCUUUAGUUCACAUUUGGAAACUAACAUACAGCCACUGGGAGUUCACAGAUAUUUUCCCAGAUUAGUUCAGUAUUUUUUCUUUUUAAGGAAAGAUUCUCUGCCUGUGUAAUAGUUCAAAUAGUUCUAACCUGCUGGGCUGAAAACCCAAAGAACAUUCUCUGAAGAGACCAUACUUGCUGUUAACAGUUUUAGUUGGUUAAAUAGUUGUCGAUCACACACCACCACUCUUAAUUUUAUUUUGUCAUCUUUCUUUUUUUUCCCCCUUGCUUUUAAAUUAAAAACAGAAUAAAGCAAAACAAAAUUGAACAUGCCAUUGGGAAUCAGAAGUUGAGAUGAUUUAAUUCUCAUUAAGAUCAUUGUACUUUUUGAAAAUUGCUGUGAGAUCUGAUAGGUCAGGUACAUAUUUGAGUUCCCAUAUGUUUAUUAAUUAAAGAUAGGGAUUUUCAUCAUUUCAUUUUCCUGAAGAGGAUUCUCAUGGAUCUAUGUGUAGAUAACUGUACAGAAUCACUUUUGUGUAAUUGAAUGAAGCAGUUUACUCUGCAUGAUUGCAUUAUGGAAGCCUUUUAUAUAUUUUAUAUUUUUCAGUAUACUUAGAUUUUACACUAUUAGCUGCCCUAGUCAUGCUAUAUUUGUUUUUUUUAAUAGAGUUUAUAAAUAUUUGUGCUCAAAAUAUAGAUCAAUUGAAUAUUUUUGGUCUUGUUUACAAAAUAAAUAAUACUUUAAAGUGAUGCAGCCCCUCAAGUGUCUUAGGAAAAAGUCAUUGGUGCUACAAAACCUUUCAAUAUCAGUUUUCAAUCUGUUAUCUAGACUCUGCUAGGCUUAAAUCUAUGAUUGCUUGUAACUUAAUCUAAUCUAGCAGCAUAAUUAUAAAAGUGGUCUCUGGUGAGUCAGGUAAAGAGCCCAGCCAAUUAGAAACAUCCCAUAAUUUAAAGAUAUGAUACAGAAUGACAUUAUACUAAUUUGUGUUCAGCUUCCCAAAAGAAAAUAGUUUCUUCACUUUGUCAUUAGCUCUUUUGAUAAAAGGAAUGGUGUUAAUAUGACUAGAAUAAGAAAAAAUGAUACAUUCAGCAUGGCUCAGUUUUCCCACAUUUCAAAUGGAAGACUUUUCUAGUCCUAAAAUAUGAUGUAAUCCUGUUCUGCUUUAAAUUCCCAUCUGUCUUUUACUCAACAGAAGGCAGGGUAAUUCUUAAAUAUUUAUAGAACAUUUGAUGAGUUGUAAAGAGAUGUAUUAUUUACAUUGUACACGUUUUGUGUUGAUGUGCAGAUUGUUUUCUACAUCUGCAAGACUUCAUUCCAGCACCUUAGUGAAUGUUCUUAAGAUACAAUUUUUAAGUAUCAGCAAAGCAUUCAUAGAUGUUUACUUUUGAGUCUCAGAAUCCUGAACCCGUUUUGGGUGUGAUAUUACUUCAGAACAUAUCUGGCACAAGAUUUCCUUUAAUAGUAGUUUAGUUUAACUCAAUUUCUGUGGAUUGUUGAACCUAAAAACACCAAAGGAGUUCUUUCUUGUCUGGAGACUGGAUUAUUCCAGUUUUUAAUACCUGUGCCCAUAAGUAUCCCAUUUCACGAAUGUGUGUUGGCAUGGGGGAAAAUUCCCUGCUCUUUGAGUGGAGCGAAAGUAAUUGGUUAAGCUGUAGCAGCUUUUUUUUGUUUAUUUUUUAAAGUGAUAAUAAAACUUGAAUUGAAAAUGGUAAAACUUGAACUAGAAAACUACUCUUGUAUGCUUAGAAUGUUUAUAGUAUUACAUGUUUAUGUGGGGUUGUCAACAUUUUUAUUAUUUAUAGUUGAAUUAUGUUGUUUUUGUUAAAUAUCCAUAAUGUUUAUUAUUUUUAUAUUUUGAAAUUUUUAAAAAUAAAAUAGUCUUACUAAAAGCAGUUGUUAACUUUUUAAAAUUGUCCUGCAUUUUGCAUCAAUUACAUUAAUAUAGAAUAGAAAGGAAAAUUUGCAGCCCUUGGGUGUUGCACAAUUGAGAAUUCUGAAAAUGUUUAUAUGAAGAAAUUGCUCUAUGUUGCCUCUUCCUCUCUACACCUCCAUUCUCACUUUAAAUUGUUCUCAGUCACCUUUGGUAUCAAAGUGUUCUUGACAUAAAGACUCCUUUUCUCACAUGUAUACAAAAAUCUUCCGUACCCCUUUUCUCCCUAAUUCAUGCCUCUUUACCGCUGGAAAUUUUCUCUUUAUUUCAUUUGAGGGCUAAAAAGUUUCUGCAUAUCAUGAGUGAUAAGUAUAAAAGUAUUGUGAUGUCAGAGAAGGACUGCCAUAGAUUCUGAAGUGAAAUUAGAAACGUGAAGUAUUUAUACUGUCAACCUCCAAAGCCGAUGAAAGUUUUUAGAAUUCCCUCCAUAAUUUUCAAUUUUCAUCUAAACAUUUUUCUCCUGAUUUGAUUUGAUAUGCUUUUCCAGCAUUCAGCAUGUUCAUUUCAUAUUUAUUUUUAUUGCAUGAUAUAUAUUGCAAUAUUUGUUUUGUUUUUCAUUGUAGAUAUUCUUUCUAUUAUCUAUAAAGUGGAUUAAAUAUGUUUGGUAAUAAUGUGUCUUCCACUGCUUCCACAAGAAGAUACAAGAUACAUUAUCAUCUCAAAGUACAUAAGUUUUGAUAAAAAUCUAGUUAAAGAGAUCUGGUUAUGAAAUAGUAGAAGUCUCUGGCUUAAAAUAGAGGACUUUGUUUAAUAGAUAAUGACACUUGGUAAAAUUACUAAAGAGCAUUCUAUAUAUAUAUUUAGCCAGUCCCUUGACUAUUUGCUGAAUGACCAUGUUGUCAGCCUCUUAAACUGGAAAGUAUUAGUGUAAAGUAUGACUGGAUUUGGUAUUUUUUAGUUGUGUAGAAAAUCACAUAUGCUAUAUGUUAUUGUUGAAAAACUAGGAAUUCAAAAAUAAAAAGUAGGAUAAUAGCCUGUCAUUUAUAAAUGAUCACCAGGCAUUUAAAAAUGGGGUUAUAUAAUCUAUACUGUUUUGUAGCCUUUUCAUUUAUAAUAACAGGUUUAUAUACCAUUUUUAAAGCCCCUCAGUUUGUAAAUGAAUCAUAAUCUAUUGUUUCCGCAUUUGGGGCACUUAGGGCUUUUCCAUCUUUUAUUUUAGUGUAAGUGAUGCUAUAUCCUUAAACAUCUUUGAUUAUUUCUUCAAGAUAUUUUCUCAGAACUGCUACAUCAAAGUACAUUUAUUUUUAUUUACUUAUUUGUUUAUUAUUUUUUUGGCCACAUCACGGGGCAUGCAAGAUCUUAGUUCCCUGACCAGGAAUGGAACCUGCAGUGGAAGCGUGGAGUCUUAACCACUGGACCACCAGGGAAGUCCAGUACACUUAUUUUUAAAAUGAUACAUUUUGAAUUUGAUCUUUUCCAAAGCAGAUGUGUGUAAAAACUUAGGUACUUUCAUAAUUUAGCUUUGGAGAAGAGCAUACACUCAAUUUUCUUUACAGAUGUGUUAGAACUUAAUUGUAUUUGUUUUAAAUACAGCAAAAACCAAAUUAUACUUGUUAUAGUGGUUAAGCUCUGAUGCAAUAGUUACACUAUUAUUAUUUUCCACAGUAUACAGUUGCCAGAAUUUUGUAUAUUAUAGCAGUAUUUUUCCCCUUGGGACUACAGAUUUUUACACCGUUUUUUAUGGCAUUUUAUAAACUUUCAAGAACUGUAGUCUCAUAACUAGUCUAUUGAACAGUAGGGCAGAGAACCUUUAUCUUUAUUAAAUAAGAUAAAUGACAGAUUAAGGACUGGAAUUUCCAUGUCUUAAUAACCAUAUACACUAUAAGAAUAUACAAAUAUGCACCAAAUAAUUUGUAGUAAUAACAAACUCCCCAUUUUUUUUUAUCUCAACUCUGCAAACUGCUUUUUUCCAGAAAAAUUUGUUUUCCCCUUGAAGUUCAUGAACAUUUUUCAUGAAAUACAUAAAGCAUGAAAUAAACUAUGAAAGAAAAAAAAUUACAUAGAAAUGGGAAGGCGGUGGGUUCCAUAUAUUUUCCUUAUGUGUCAUAAAUAGAAAAGUCCAUUUUUGAAAAGAUAAUCAUUUUAUUGGAAAGAACGAUUCCUUGCAAACCAUGAAUAUUUCCUGAGCUAUCCAUGGUCAUGUUUCAUCUAAUAUUUAUCUAGCACAAUACCAUGUGACAGUUUCAGCAUUCAAGGAUUUACAAUGUUAAUGGCAGCGUUUUCCUAAGUUGUCAGUCUUUCAUUCACUUUUUAUAAAUCUCAAAUGUGUAUUAUUGAAGUACUCUGCAAGAAUUUGUAUUCAGUACUGUGAGAAUCAUUCUGAUUAUCUGAAAUACAGUAUGCAGUGUAUUUGUGUUGAUUUUGAAUUUAGGCCAUGGAGUUAAUGAAAAGACCAAUUUCAUCCUUCUGAUUUCAAGGAGGGUACAGUACAAAUUAUACACAAAAAAGAAAGCCUUUAAAGUCUUUCACAUUUUGAACCAUUUUUUAAUGUUAAAAUGUUAUUUGUUCCUAAGAUCUCAUUUAAAUCAGGAUUUUCAGGGACAUUACACCUGUAACAUCUGUGAUUUAAAACUUCAUGGACAUUCUCUAUUUUUUAUUAGAAGUCUGUUAGGAAGAAAUACUUGGAAAUUAUAGCUGUCUGCAAGUUUGAAGUUAGAAAUGGAUAGCUUUCAAAUUUGUACUAAGUUUGAUGCAGUAUUUGUUGCUUAGGAUUUUUUUUCUGAUAACUAGUAGAUAAUAUGCCAACUUUAUAUUUUAUUUUUUCUUAAGUUAAUAUUCAAAGUUAACAAAAAUUAAAGAAUGAUUAAAAGGACGAUC